CCCUGCCUUUUUGCCGCCUCGUCUCCCCCCCAACCGCCGAUGUAAGGACCACCGUAGGACGCGAAACAAGUUUGAAAUCCAGCUUUAAAUGAAAUGCGAUCUGUGAAGGGCGCGUUAUCGUGCUUCAGUCUUCAUUUCUGACGCGAACGUGACCCACGCGAUGCAUUGGGAGCUUGGACCAGGAAAUUAAUGCCGCUUUACACAUAUGUACUUAUGAAUGUCUAUUCUCUGAAUUAAAAUGCUAAAGUUAUUCUACAUUGCUGGUCUUAUUCUGCUGGAUGCAGCGAUAUUUUCUGGAACAGAGAUCGAGACCAUGCCCUGCGACUUCUUCGACACGGUUAACGUGACGGGGAGCCAGCGGCUGGUCAAUGGUUCUUGUCUGUACCAGGAUCUGCUCAUUCCGAGUGAGCUUAUGGCUGAAUAUACCUACACUGUACUGCCGGACGGCACCAGGGAGCCGGCGGAGACCCAUCUGCGUGGUUGCGUUUGCAAGCUAAGGACGUGUCUCCGUUUCUGCUGCCACCACUCUCAAUUGAUGGGCAAUGGGCAGUGCAGUGGCAGCGUCGAUCUGACCCGACUUAAUCCAUACGUGAACGUGACACUGCAAAAUGGAACGGUGUUCAGGGGACACUUCCAGAAGGAGUUUAUCCUUCAGAGCGAUCUCCCGAAGCCCUGCAAUGAAAUGUACUCGCUCAACGAUCGAGAGGAGACGGAUCAGUACACAGUGUUUGAGAAUGGGUCCUUGCUCCGAUCCUACGACAAUGUCACGAUGAGCAAGCGGGACUACUGCCUCCAACCGGAACACUUUAAAGAGGGCGAGACGGCGUCCCUACGGAUAGUUGCCCACAAUUGCGCGAUCAAGUCGGGUGACAAGACGGGCCAAACCUUUGUGUUAAUUUGUAGCCUCGUGUGCCUCUCCUCAACGAUCAUCGUCUAUCGCUGUCUGAAAAAGCUUCGGAAUCUCCAUGGAAAUUGUUUCGUUUGCUGUCUUAUCUGCCUCUUUAUGGGUUACCUUUUCCUGCUGCUGGACUUGUGGGAGCUGACGAAUAACUUUUGCGCUACAGCAGGAUACACCGGCUACUACUUCGUGAUGUCCACCUUUCUGUGGCUGUCUGUCAUCAGUUGGGAUCUACGUUCCUCGUUAGGCAGCAGUCAGGGAGCUUCCUAUCAGUCGAAGUACUUGUUCCUUUUGUACAGCAUCUAUGCCUGGGGAAUGGCAUUCAUCUUUACGGCCGUCAUUUACUUGGUGGACCAUCUAGUGGAGGAUAAUCCUGAGAAUGAGCCCUGGAUGCCUGGCGUAACUUACUACAGCUGUUGGAUCAAGACUCAUGACUGGUCGGCCAUGCUAUACCUCUAUGGGCCUAUGUUAAUUGUGAUCAUUUUCAAUUCGACAAUGUUCAUUCUCACAGCCAUUGAAAUUAUUGCAGUGAAACGCCAACUGCAGGUCGUUGUCGAUCGCCAGGAGAGAAAGCAGAAACAUAACUCUGACAAGCAGACCUAUGGCCUAUUUCUGCGACUCUUCAUAAUCAUGGGCGUGAAUUGGAGCCUGGAGAUAGUCUCCUACUUGGUGCAGAACCACGAGUUUUGGAAGAGAGUCCUUCGGGUCGCCGAUUACUUUAACUGGUCGCUGGGCAUAAUCAUCUUCUGCCUGUUCGUGACGAAGCUCAGUGUUUUGAAGUUGUUCAAGAAAGGUAAUGACGAUUGUUCCGAGGAAGAGGUCUCACUCGAAGAGACGCAACGGCUAUAGAUAUCAGUCAAGGAACAUAAGAAGUGUCGUAAGCAUGAAAUCUCAUGGGAGUCGCAAUACGACUGCAGCUAAGAAACUGCCGAGGGAUACCUUAAGCUCGCAGGCCUCUACCCAGAUUUAGAUAGCACCCAAAGGUGCUCUAGGUGCUGAUCUACUUAAGACUUAAUAUAUAUUAGUUACCAACUAAUACUAAUAUGACUGUUUGCAUAAGAUUUAUUUCUGUGUGAUCUUCUAGUGGAAUAAUUUUAUUUUUCCAACAUUUACACGAAAAAGUCAGGGUGCUAAAAGCUCCGAUUAAAAGCGAUUUUAUACUA